GAUCCAGAUGAAGUGAUGGACAUGUUGGGCGAGCUACGGAGCUUCACACGGCCUCCUUCAGCGAACACACCCAUUUCCAUCCUUUUCCUAGUAGAUCUGUCCGCAAGCAUGAAGAAACGGGAUAUUGCCGGAAGACCGAACCUGAGGAGGAUCGAUGCGGUGGCCGAGGUUUUGAAAUGUUUCAUCGUUCAGCAGCAAUCUGCUGGGGCCGUCAUGGACCUCUAUAGCUUAGUCUGCUUUUCGCACAGCAACUAUGACGUGAGGUUCCAGCGGCGGAGCGGCUCUGAAGCAAUAGCGGCUCUGAGCUCCGAGCAUCUUGAGCCUGGUGGCCAUGUCAAGUAUGAGCGCAUCGUGUGUGCAAUCAAAGAGUUGGCCGUUCCCGGGCAGGCCUGCCGUGCAAUCUUCAUGUCUGACGCUUGUUGUGGUGAUUUGAAAUGGCUCCUCAACUUCCAAGCUCUCUUCAGUGAGAAUCCGCAUGUGUUUUUUCACUGCAUUGGCUUUGGUGGCAGAGACCUUUCGAUUUUGCAGCAACUAGCGCAGAUUGGCCGUGGGAGCUUCAGCUGCGCCAGCCUGGAUAUGGACAACUUGGUCAACACCUUCUCAAGUUUGAGCAAGACCGUUACCGAAACAAGGAACGCUGUUGACUACAACGAUCGCAAGUCACGUGAAGUCAUCUUUGACAGUGCUGGAAGAUUCCAAGGCAGAGUUCCUAGCAUCAAAGAAAGAAUGGCUUUUCGAUACACGUUCUCGCUUCGUCAAGGCCAGCUGCAAAUCAGGACAAAGGAGGCUUGCAAUAUUCGUGUGCACAGAAACCCCUUCAUGCAGGGUGGGAUGCGUUUGGUCUACAGGUUCCAUGACCCGUGCAUAAAGACAAAGAUGGUUGCCAAACUCUCUCGGUACGUUGAGCAUGACAGCUCGUGGGAUUUUGUCAAAGGCUUCGUCAACAACACAGCACAGACCCGGUUGCUGACUCAGAAGUUUCAUGACGCAGUUUGGUGGGCGCUUGCGGGCUCGAUCUGGGACCAAGAGCCGCCUCGCCUGGUAUCAUGCACACAGGCUUGGGCUUAUGAUGUGGCAGAGACGCAGAGCUUUCCUCGCAUGCUUCUCGUGGCAGAGGCAUUCUUGCAAGGAUCGGAGCGGGGCUUUUUCAAGUGGGUGAAUAAUCGUGGAGAGGUUCUGGUUCCAUCAAGCAGCAGGGAGUACAGCAUGGCAGUGGAAGCUUUCGCGCACUUCUCGCUUGACUACAGUCAUGGCAAGCUAAUGGUGGCGGAUCUGCAAGGAGUGCUGCGGCCCGGAGAGGGGCAGUGCCGGCGUGUGCAUUUAACGGAUCCGCAGAUUCUGUCCCUUGAUCAGGAUUUCGGUCCAGCUGACCUUGGCUCUCCGGCAAUGCAGAAGUUCCGGUCGCUGCAUGUUUGCAACGGUCUCUGCCGACGGCUUCACCUGACCUCCUUGAAUGCAGUGCCGCAGGCACCUCAUGCACGCAGUACUCUUCUCAAUGUUCGAAGUAGUCCUGCUCGACCAGCCGCCCCUCCACCCUUGCCUCCCAAAUCUGUUGCGGCUCAUCCGCAGCAGGAGCGUGGUAGGUCUCCUACAAGGAGGGAUGAAACAGCUAGCAUCGAUCGCCACGGAAGUGACCGAGAAACGCUUAAAGCUCAAGAGAUUCUUCUAUCCAAGAGCAGCAGCGCAGCCAAGCGAAUGCUUUUCGUGGGUGAGUGCACGCACUUGUUCACAGUCGCUGCAGCGAAGCUCGUGUCAGCCUGGCUUGGACAGGAGCACCCGCAGCUGGAUUGGUGCACCACAGAACUGCGCUGGCCAGGAUCGGACAGUAUGAGCGCAGAGUUAAGAGCCUCCGAGGCCGUUCUACACCCUUUCGGCAUUAGUAUCCGGGACGGUGUUGAUGCGACGAGGCUCGAUCUUCCGCUUCAAGGUCUUGCAAGUGCAGUUUGGGCAGCAGCCUCAGCUAUUGCCAUGCGUACUUGGACCUCGCAAGUGAUGGGACUCUUGGACUCGACAAAGUAUGGAAUCCGGAUGGGCGGUACUGUGAAUGUCAUCCUCCUCGCGCAUCAACACCUGGCCUGGAAGCUACCCGUGGAGCUUCAAACCUGUUGCGGCACAUUUAUGCGAGAGGUCUUCUGGAUGGACCUGGUGCCCUUCCUGACCUACGGGUAUCGGCCGCGCUUCGGGGACAGGCGAGAUUCCGGAAGACGUGCCAGGUACCACGAGGGUGACGAAGUGGUCAUCGUGCGGUGGCGCAGAAAGUUGAACGAGGACUGCCCUCCAAAGAUCGAAAUGGUAGUUUCCCUGACUAAGGGGACCCCAAUAUAG